GGCAUCAAACGGUAUUUUUUUAUUUAAAGGAGAGUACAAACAGAGAAUGAUUAACUGAAAAAUUGAAAGGGUUUCAUUGGGAGAGUUUUAAGUAUUACAAAAAGCCAUACCAGACGCUUAUAUAGACGCUUUCAUAGCCAUAAAUAGCAAAUCAAACAAGCCUAAAAUCACGGAAAUUAUGUUAUUUCACAUUUAGAUAACUGAGCAAACGAAGCAAAGGUUAAAACUAUUAUAACAGAGUUUGAUCGAUAGUGUAACAGUCUCUGUCGUGACGACAAGAGUUCAAUGAACAUUACUCGCAUUUUAUAAAUGUUUUCGUUCGCUAACCCAUCGUGUAAUCUAACGUGUUUAUACAGACAAAACACAAUUACUGCAGGUUUGAUCUUUGCCUCGUUCGCUAGUCUUAGAAACAAGUGGAAAUAAGWGGUUGACAUGACCGAAGAGAAUUAUGGUCGCCAAAAUGUCCCAUGGAAUAUUUAAGCAAAAAUGACAACUCUCCGUAGAGAGAAAGCUCACAGAAUGACCGCCAUUUUGAUCGAGAAACDUUAAAGCUGGAAAUGCUAUGAAUUGAAGAGCGAAAUAGCUUGCAAGCUUUAAAAGUGAAUGYCUAAGGACUUCAAAAGGCCAAUUGUUCCUGUGAACUCAACCAGUAUGAGAGAAAACACGUARACUAGUUCAUGAAUACCAAUUAAGUCUUAAUAAAACAUUCAACCAAGUGGAACUCGAAUUAUAGCUGUAUGCUAAUUAAUACUAAAAACAAGCUCGGGUUAAACACACAGGCAAGAGGGACUUUUAGUAGWGAUGGAGUGYUAGAGUCUGCAUUGUCAAUUCCUGUCGUUGUACUUCCAAACAUUACGGGAAAAGAUCCAGGAACGUUUUUGCAAAUUUGGAGCUUACGUUGACGUAUUUUGCAGCUUYGAAACUACAAUAUUGUAACCUGAAGGCCGACAAAGCUUACUACUGAAUAACACAGAUUCUUUGAUGCGUUAAGUUAAUCGAACUUGAGUUUAACUUYAAAAGGUGUUAAAAACGAGGAAUAUUGAGAGACUACAAUCGAAAAAAGGUGACAAAAAGUGCGAUAGAUGUUGCUGAAUUAAUUAAUCUAACAAGUCCAAAGGAUUAGCAYAAAUAUUGCACGUACAUCUCAAAACAGUUGUAUUAUGGAUUAAGACUUCAAAAUUAUCAAACUUCUAUUGGAUGCAAGAAACAGAGAAGAUAUCGGAGAUUGGAAGUACAUGACUGCAACGAAAUCUUACGAGACGAUAYAGUAUUUCAAACCGYAGUCAGUUAGUUWAGCGCGAAGCAUUCAAGCAAAACUCUGUUAGGAAUGUUUUAAGUUAUUYCAAAAUACUAUGGCUGUGCUAUCGCUUGGAYUAAUUGUCACAUUAUGUACUAUUGGAGUGUCUUUAAUAUUCUUGAUAUUUUUAUACUGUGUCUGUCGGUCMAAGAACAAACUAUACGACCACACGUGUGUUGCUUUGCUYCAUCCRGACGAAGAGAAGCAAAUGUACCCAUACAAACCCAGUCAAAAUAACACUAAGAAAGAAAGCGUAGUUCACGUUAGUGGACAUUACAAAGAAAACGCGCCAAGGGACACAAAACUUGGAGGACAGAAUUCCGUAAAAGAGAAYAGAAAUUCRAAAGAYCUCGCGAAUGAGAGGAGAGGGUCCAAGAGAGGGUCCAAGAAACUAGCAAAAAAUGAGGAAAAGAGAAGCUCAAAGAGAGAAACAAGGAAUAACAACACGAAAGACCAGAAUCGUAUAUCUCUGAGAGGAAACAAGUCACCUAGUAAAAACAGCGAAAUGAAAAAUGAAGGYAAYGCUGAYUUGAAGAGGAAACGAAGUUCUAAGAAAGAACUAAAGCCUUAUGAAGUCAAAGUGGAACUUCGACAAGAAGAGCCUCUGGAGUCUAGUCCAGUCACUCUGUUCCGACAGACAAGUGACCAYCACCCGGAKAAAUGCCCUUUAUCUAUCGAUAACGAUAAGGCUACUACACGAGACWARACACGAACCACUAGCCAAGAUACRAGGCCUUCUAAAGACACAGACAACCCACACUACUUACGCCCAAAAUCAUUUGAAGAAAACACCCUAACCGCAAAGGAACGAAGAGAAAAAUACUCCCGAUCUCAUUCUGACAGCGUCUUUAYGCARAGCAUAAAUGAAAGUGACAGGAAGGCUAAUCUCUACAUGCGCCCGCGAUCUUUAGAUGCACAAGAUGGAAGGCUAGUAAACGAAGACRAUUACGUCAAACCACGGUCAAGCGGUAGAGGAGAAUGGGACGAGAAGAGGAUUAMWYAGAGUCAGCGGUCUUCSUCGGCCUACUAUGUGACUCCACGAACAUUAGAAAAAGAUGAAAUAGAUUCGUACUAUGUGCGCCCGCGGUCAUUUGAAGGCAACGAAAGAGAGAAAACGAGGGGAAGCGAGCAAUAUUCGUCGUACUACACAAGCCCACGUGCACAAGACAYAGACUCUCACUACGUUCGUCCAAAAUCAUUCGAAGAAAAUGAAAAAAGAAAAGAAAACGGGACAUAUUCAUCUUACGRGUCUCCUKAAUCGAUUGAUACUAGAGAAGGAAACAUUCGCGACGGAUACUACGUGGCUCCACGAACAUUAGAAAAGGAHGAAAAAGCGAGACUUGAUCGAGAGUCGUACAACACGCGUCCACGUUCUCUCGACGACAAGAGAGAUGACAAAGGAAGAAAUUCCUUUGAUUACGUAGCUCCUAGAUCGUCUGAUAGGGGUAACACGCGAGAACYUGAUUCCUACUAUGUCCACCCACGAACACUCGGGAAGGAACGCGAYAGGACUGAAGACCACUACGUUGCUCCACGAUCAUUUSAUAACAAGGACGAUCGUGACUCRUACUACGUACACCCACGCACUCUCGAGAAGGAAGAACGRGCGAGAAAAGAUCGCGAAUCACAGUAUGUUGUUCCAAGAUCAUUUGACAAAGAYGACAAUCGAGAUUCCUAUUAUGUACACCCACGCACGCUCGAGAAGGAAGAACUCGCMAGGAGAGAAAAAMARAGCAGAAAUGACAUGGCCCACAGAGGCGAGAAACAAUAUUCAUCAACAAUAAAUGUCCGCUCUCAGCCCACAAACUAUAGAGACAGAGAACGACGUCCUCGCUCGGCAGACAGGGUUGAACGACAAAUUCGUGAUUUSAAAGAAAGUCAACGCUCUUCCUCUUACUACAUGACUCCACGCACACUUGAAAUGGAGGAAAGAGAAAGAAGAGAUAGAUACAAAAAAGAAAGAGAUGAGAGCAGGGAUAAGAAAGGAGCGCGUGAAAGGAGUYGUGAAAGAGAGAGAAGAGAGAGGAGUAGAGAAAGYAGAGAUGACCAAAGUGGAACGAGAAGAGAUGACAGAAGUGACGGAAGGAGGAGAAGCGAAGAACGGUAUAGAACGAAUGAAGGUAAAGAAAGAGAUYCGAGGGAGAGAAGUAGAGAGAGAACUGAAAAAGCUGAAUGGGAUAGGAGAGGAGUUAGUACUGAAAAAAGAAGGCAUAGCGAAGAAGGUAGAAGAGAUUCCAGCAGGGAAAGAGAACGAUACAACGAAAGAGAGAGAAACGAAAGAAAUACUGAAAGAGAAAGAAAAGAUAUGCAACAUAAGAAAGAUGACAGGGGAAAACUUACCGACAAAGAAGAAAGAAAUCAAAAAGAGAGAAGAGAGAGAAGCACCGAGAGAGAUGAAAAAGACAGGAAGUUUAAAAGAGAUGGAAGGGAAAGAAGCAGUGAAAAAAAUGAAAGAGAAAGAAAUGAAUGGAAAGGAGGAGUAGAGAGAAGAAGCAGCAGAGGAAGAGAAAGAACCCAAAGAACGAAUGAUCGAGAGAAAGACGAUUAUCGAUCAUGGUCUCCUAAACGCCAACUCCAUGAAGAUCGAUCAAGACCACGAUCACGAAUGCGAUCACACUCUCUAGAGUAUCUACCAUCGAGCAUGGAACGCAAGAAGCGUCAGAUGCAUGUUAUACAGAGAACAAAGUCCUGGGCCUCAAGACCUCAAGUACAACGCUCAGAAAGCCCGCCAAUCCCUCCUCAGACUAUACAACUGGAAUUCCAUCCUCUUUCUGGCCACGUAACUCCGCUGGACACAAAAAGCGAAGCUUCAACUGAACCACAUAGCAUUGAAGUUGUGAAUAACGUAAAUUUAGAGUCUUCACCUGUGCUUGACUUUGAACGUCCCGCGAAAAGAUUUUACGAUAAGGAACGCCAAGACUGGAAGAAUGUCCAAACWGAUUCAAGACGAUCGUCUGCGACUCCAACAAGCAGUUUUGUGAAUGAAGGCAGAAAGGACUUAUAUCACCAAGGUUAUACACGAAAAUAUCCAACCGAAAACAGAAAAAGCGACUCAAGAAGAUCUGRAACUCCAAAUUAUCUACAAACAGKCUCUCGACGAUCAUCGGCGACCAAUAGCGCGGUCAAUGACUAUAGUCCACGUCUUGAGAACAAUGGAGAUCAAACUAUACUAUCUGGAAGUCUAGUGUUUGAAUAUGCUACUGACAAACGAGCCAAGACACACCCAUGGUCAGCGGACUUCCCCUCAAGWCCACAGGAAACCCAAGCAGACAUCUACUCCAAAUCAAAGUCAACUCAAGAUAUCAUCUCAAAACCACAGAAAAUCCAAGAAAAUASCUAUUCAAAACCCAACAGUACGCAAGGAGAUGUGUUCUCAAAACUUCAAGGAUCYCGAACAGAAACCUUCACAAAACCAAAGGCAACCCAAACCGAUGUCUCUUCAAAACCACAGGCAACCCAAACCGAUAGUUUUUCACAACCAAAGGAAGAACAUCCAGAUUUGUACGCUAAAGUCCACGACACCCAUUUAGAUGURUURUCCACCUCAAGCUACGAUAGUCAGAGUUCUACAGACGACUACAGGGUCUACCAAAARGAGGUUCGGAAACUCAACGGGCGCCCGCGAUCAACAGGAUCAAAGAUWACAAAGAAAGAAUCCUCGGGGAAUCCUCUGGACAUGCGUAUUAYGUCAGAGCGCGGUAUUGAUUUGAAGACAGCGAUGCCCGAGGCACAGCCGAGGCGCACACCAACGAGCAGUAUUAGCAGUGAGGAUGUCGACUGGCAUCUUUAUACCGUUGAUGGGAAAKGAGUAAUCAGACCCGAAUCUACGCAAGUACGUAAUGGUCUGGAAUGGCACAUGUUUACGUUAUCCAACGACAAYCAAAASACCGUMACWAGAGAUGCUGUCACACAAUCUAUGAAUGAGUCACGCAACAACCGCGCAGRUGCGACAACUGAUGAACCAGAUGAUGAGGUUUUUACGCAAGCUCCUACCGUGAAACGCAGGGAUUCGCGCAGUAAAGGCAGCGUUAGAACGAGUCUAGAAUCACAUUUCAAGAGCUCUGACGUCAAGAAGUCACACAAUCUCGUUCUGAACACAGAUUUACAACGAUCGUCAAGCCAGCCUGUUAUAUUUAGCUUUGAAUGAACAAUUGAACUUUGGGACUAGGAAAGAAAGUUAUUUUUAUACAUAGUGAAUCAAUAGACUUUCUAUUUACUGGAAAUUUUAAGUAUUAUGAUUUUAGGUAUGUAACGCAAUCACAAGUAACCUAUAGACUGUCACACAACUAGUAUUGGAAACAGACUCUGACCCUUAUGAGUAUAACAUACAUACUGCACAUUACAUGAUAAUCUUUAAAGUUUUUAAAUAAUUAACUUAAACUAUUGUUAUCAAUAAAACAAUUUUGAGUGUUAAA